AGCCUCGCCCUCGUCUCGCUCGCACUCCCCCACCUCCUCGGUCUCUCUGCCUGUCUGUCGUCUCGUCCCGUCGACCCCCCAAACCCAAACCCCUACCACCCGACCUCCCGCCGUCCCGCGCCGCGAAAACCGAGAGCGUCUGUGUGUUCGGGUGCCUGGGUGGUGGAACCAACCCUAGACGCCCGGCGGCGGGUGUCAGGCUGCGGCGGCCAUGGACGGGCCGCGGAGGGAGCGGAGGCACCACAGGAAGCAGCCGGGGUCCUCGUCCGGGGACGGGGGACCGGCCACGACGGCGGCGUCACGGGCGGCAUCGUACGGGGACGUCUUCGGCGGGCCGCCGCGGUUCGGGAGCUCUAGCCCGCCGCUGGACUACGCCGAGGUGUUCGGGGGCGUCGCCGCCACCUGCUCCAUCCCCUACCUCGACCUGCCCCCCGUCUCCCCCGCCGCAGCCGGCUUCUUCUCAUCCUCCUCCUCCUCCUCCGGCGGUGGCGGCGGCCGCGCCAAGGCGGCGGACUACGGGGAGAUCUUCGGCCGCUUCGACUUCGGGGAUUUCGCCGUGCCGUACGAGGACCUCUUCGCCCAACCGCCCCCGCCCGCUCCCGAGAUCGCCGCCGCCGCAUCCUCGUCCAACGGCAGCUCCAGAUCAUCGAUGAAAAAUGAAUCUAGUCGAUUGGAUGCUGAGUUACCUACACUUCAUCAGCACUUCAAACAGCCUGAGUGUUCUCCAACCUCCGCCACUCCAGACAGUCAGGAAUUCAGCAUGUCAUAUUACAAGACUAACCAGACGAGACCAAAUGAUCUAGUUGAGAUGACUACAGUUGAUUCUUUGACGGAUGAUGUGGUCGAUCCUUGCAAUCUGUCACAUAUCCCAGCAACUAAUCAUAUUUUGAAAAUGAAUAGUGGUGUAAUGGCUAAUGGAGACAAAGGGAAGAAGUCCCCCUCAACCACUUUUACUGCUAAUAUGAAGAGUCCUGAGAGUGACUUCAUUGUUAAUCAAAGGCAGCACAUGCCAGCAUGUCCACCUCUUUCCGGAAAUGUUUCCGCAAAUGAAAAUAACCAGAACUCUGGCUGUCAUGCAAUGCCCAGUAAUGGAAAACCUUCUCCAGAUUAUGCAUUUAUGAGGGUAUCUAAUGGUAAUAUGCAAACACAGCCGAAAGUAUCACUACCACCUUUGGGGCAGCAACCUAAAGUGCUUAACAAGAGAGAAAGUGCAGCAAAAGGAGAGAGCAAUAUGCCUCGUGCUGAAAAGAGAGCUGAUGCUACUUCGUCUAACGCUGAGACCAGUAUCAGUUCUGCUGCAGCUGCUAUGAAGGAGGCAAUGGAAUAUGCCGACGCUAGGUUAAAAGCUGCAAAGGAACUGAUGGAGAGAAAAGGUGAUAGUUUUAGAAUUCGGAAGAAGCCAAGUCAUCAUAGCAACUCAAGAUCUGUAGAAAUCAAGGCUCCCAUAGAAGCAUAUACAUUUGAAGAAAAGCUGCCAGUGAAAAAGCCAGCAAAAGAAAACAACUCUGAAAAUUUUAUGUUGGACAAGCACCAACAAGUUAGUGCAGUUAGAUCAAAUCAUUGUGAUGACACUGAAAAGAAGGCACUGCCAUUGGAAAAGCCUCAGCGGACGAGGCAAACCUGGACUGUGCCCUGUCAAACCUCUAGUAAAGUAGAGAAACUAGGCAAGUGGAGGUCAGGUGAGGAAUUUUAUGAGCUUACUGAAGAUGAUCAGAAAUGCCCUACUGAUACAGCCACAGGAGAGGAAGAUGGCUGUGGGAGAUCAAAGCCUGUCACCAAGUCCAGCAAGGGCCAAAAAGGUAGAGUUGAAGUUACCGCACUAGACUCUGACCUGGAAAGAUAUGAAGAAGUGUUGGAUGUUAAAGAUAGCAGGGACAUGGGAGUGAAAGAUAUAGAUCAGAGAGAAGAUAAUACAGUUCCAGUUGAGAAAGAGGAAGAUAGGAUGUCUACAAUUCUGGAAGUUCCUACAGAAGCUAUGGCACGCAAAGAAAAUGAUAACUCCCAUUUUGAUGGGCUUGUGACCACCAAAGGAAGCCAUGAUGAUGAUGGAAGUGUCGAGCUUCCUUCUAUAAGUGAAAUUUCUGCAGCACCAGACUUCAUCAAGGAUGUUCCUAGUUCAUUCUCAGUGGCUUACUCAUCUGAAGACCAUGCCAAUGAUCUUAGAGAUCUUGGUAAUAGUAAUACGAGGGGAAAAUCAGUAGCAGGAACGUCAGAGGAGCCCAAAAUCAGUGAACUGAAUGAAGGACAUGAAGGACUUGAGGCAGCCUGUGUUGAUGAGAUGCAAUACACUUCAGGGAGUAGUAACAAAUUACAGGAACUUCCAGAAGUUGCUAAUGUUGGUAAUGUCCAGGCAAGUCAAAUUAAAUCAUUAAUUUCAGAGGAACUUGAAGGAUCUUAUCCAACCGAAGCUUUCCCAAGGGUCAAGAAUACAGCUGGGCUCGAUGAUGAAACCUAUGGAAGGGAAAAGUUUAGUUUUAUCGGUGAAUCGUACCUGCAUAAUGAAAAUGAUAAGGUAUUUGAAGUGACGUGUGAAUCACUAAUUUCUGAAGUAGCUAAAGUUGGAAAUGAGGUCGAAGUUGGUCCUGUCACACAUUCUGAAAAGUUAGUUCCAGGCCAGGAGGCUGAGCAUCCUGAGGAGAUUGAUAUUGCUUCGCGAAACAAUAAUUUGGUAGAUCAUGACGUAUCAACUGUACUGAACGUAUUUGAGGUAGCCAGCAAGUUGAUUAAAAGAGACCUUGAUCAAGAAAUUCAAGGUUCAUUAGGGCCCAGCGAAGUGGAAAAUAGAACAGAAGCGACUGAUAUACUUGUCUCCGAUAAUAAAGGCAAAGAAGCAGAAGAUACCCCUUCAGAAAAUAAUGAGAAGACAGAUACUGAGGAAGAAUCAGCUCAUGGUAACCAGGAUGAUCAAACAACAACCCCUUCAGAAAAUAAUGAGAAGAUAGAUACUGAGGAAGAAUCAGCUCAUGGUAACCAGCAUGAUCAAACAACAUCUGCAUCUGAUGUUGACAAAGGUCAAAGUGAUUUAGGUGCACAGGGUAGUAUAGCAGUUGAUGAAAUGGGCACUGCAAUAUGUUCUGGCAACGAAGUUACCAUCGAAUCUGCUGAUGAUCGUCCCACCAGAUUAACCAUAAAUUCAAAGGAUGAGCCUGUUCCUUGUCCAGAAAUGAGUCCUGGCAUGCAGCACUUACCUCAAAAUGCUGAAUCUGCUACUUCGCAGACAUGUAAUGAAAAUAUUUCUUGUGUUAAUAAGACUAAAGGGGGUGGCAAAGAAGCAGAAAGAGAAUUACCAGCAGAAAGAUCUACAACAUUUGAAGAAGAGAAAAGUGGGAUCAUCAAAAUGGGAAGAAAAGACCCCAGAGAAAGCAUAUCAAAGGCAGAACAAAAACAUGAUCAGCCACAUUUGGAGAAGACUGGUAGUGUACCUAACUCUGUAGAAAGGCCAUUCCCAGUUUACGCUGAGGUACCAAGAAAACAGGCACCUGCGGUUCAGAACACCAAAGAUAGGGGAAACAUAAACAAAACAGAGAAGGAAAGAGAGAACGGCAAAGAGGCUUCUCAAAGGCUGGAAGAAGCAAAACAAAGGGCAAAGCUACUUGAGAAACAAAGAGAAGACAGUGAAAGAAAAGAAAUGGAAGAGCAGGAAAGGGAGAGGGAAAGGAAAAAGGAUAAACUUGCUGUUGAAAGAGCUACAAGAGAAGCUCACGAGAGGGCAUUUGCUGAUGCUCGUGAAAAGGCAGAAAAAAUGGCGUUGGAAAGGAUUGCGGCAGCACGCCAAAGGGCUUCUGCAGAGGCACGACAAAAAGAAGAGAGAGCAAGUGCUGAAGCUAGGAUAAAAGCAGAACGGGCUGCAGUUGAGCGAGCAACUGCAGAAGCUCGGGAGAGGGCAAUUGAAAAGGCUAAGGCUGAGAAGGCCGCUGCAGAGGUAAGAGAACGGAGGGAACGAUACAGAUCCUCUUCCAAGGAUAAGUCCGGCAAUCUGGAUAUUCGACAGGACAGUCAGUUUCACAGGGCCAUUGCUAGCAAAGUUGGCGAGACUGAGUCGGCUUUACGUCAUAAAGCAAGAAUAGAGAGGCAUCAACGCACCACUGAGCGUGUGUCAAAAGCACUUGCUGAGAAGAACAUGCGCGACCUGAUGGCUCAAAGAGAGCAGGCAGAGAAACAUAGGUUGUCUGAUUUCCUGGAUCCUGAGAUUAAGAGGUGGUCAAAUGGAAAGGAAGGAAAUCUGCGAGCCUUGUUGUCGACAUUGCAAUAUAUUCUUGGACCUGACAGUGGUUGGCAGCCAGUGCCACUUACAGAUCUCAUUACAGCUGUUGCCGUGAAGAAAGCCUACAGGAAGGCAACACUUUGUGUUCAUCCAGAUAAAUUACAGCAAAGGGGCGCUACAAUCAGACAGAAAUACAUCUGUGAGAAGGUUUUUGAUCUUCUCAAGGACGCUUGGAACAAGUUCACCUCGGAGGAACGCUAGGGUAGUUGGAGGAAAGCGUGAAGCAGCCAGUUCAUUUUGCUAGUCGAUCAAUUGCAUAGUAGCCCAUUAUCAUUAGUUCCUUCAUUCAAAAUAUAUUGGUGUACAUAAGCAGUUGUAGGGUAAUGAUGCCAUGGUGGAUGGUAUCUUGUGCAUGCGAGAUGAGAUGACAGUGCAUGCCUCUCCUUAAUUAGUCCGUCCGUACCUUAGACUCCAAGCUAGUGAUUCAAAUUGAAAGAGCUCCGUUAUUCCUGUGUUACCGUUUGGGAAUCAGCUGUUUAUCCAGUAGUUCCUGGGAUCCAGAUGCUGCCGAUGUGUUUGUUCUCCUGGAGGUCGUAUGACAUGAUGCCCGUGUGGGGAUGAAUGUGAAAAAUGAGGCUCUGUGAA